UGGAUACGUGCCUGCCCUCCUGCUGGACACCUGCCUUUGCCUUUGUCUCCUCGGUGCCGGGCUUGGAGCGGGCACCGAGUGAUUCUUUGGCCAGAGCGGAUGGGGGGCCAAAUGGUUCUGUCAUUGGGUGUGGAGCAUAUCCUGAAGCUGGAAAUAGCCGCAGUCCGCCUGGUGGUCUCCAGGCCCUCUCUGAGAGGACCUCGGCACAGAGGAGAAGAAAAGCCAGUUUUCCACAUGCUGUGAGGAGUCGUUCUUCCCAAGCAUCCGGUUCUGAAGAGGCUGAACUGGUCACCAGCAGCGCAGGGCCUCUGUGACCUUCACAGCUUAGUUCAAGCGCUUCAGAGAACCAAAGCACGAGAGACGGCCGUGGAGGAUAUGGUUUUUAGACACUUCCAAACAAGCCAUAGGAAUGCUGUUCAUCCACUUUGCAAAUGUAUACCUAGCAGAUCUCACCGAAGAGGACCCUUGUUCACUGUACCUCAUCAACUUCCUCCUGGACGCCACCGUGGGCAUGCUGCUCAUCUACGUGGGGGUGCGUGCCGUCAGCGUCUUGGUGGAGUGGCAGCAGUGGGAGUCCCUGCGGUUUGGCGAAUAUGGAGACCCUCUGCAGUGCGGAGCCUGGGUUGGGCAGUGUGCUCUUUACAUCGUGAUCAUGAUUUUUGAAAAGUCUGUCGUCUUCAUCGUCCUCCUCAUACUUCAGUGGAAAAAGGUGGCCCUAUUGAAUCCUAUUGAAAACCCAGACCUGAAACUGGCCAUCGUCAUGCUGAUCGUCCCCUUCUUUGUCAAUGCUUUGAUGUUUUGGGUAGUGGACAAUUUCCUCAUGAGAAAGGGGAGGACGAAAGCUAAACUAGAAGAAAGGGGAGCCAACCAGGACUCAAGGAACGGGAGCAAGGUUCGCUACCGAAGGGCCGCGUCCCACGAGGAGUCAGAGUCUGAGAUCCUGAUCUCGGCCGACGACGAGAUGGAGGAGUCUGACGUGGAGGAGGACCUGCGCCGACUGACCCCCCUGAAGCCUGCGAAGAAGCAGCAGCACCGCUUCGGGCUGCCCGUCUGACGCGCUCCUGUGCUGGGGGCCGGCGUGGGGCCUCAGGUCAGCAGAUGGUCGCUGCACCGUGUCCCUCCUCCCCUCCUCUCUGCCCCCCCUCUUCUACCUCCACUCCUCUCGCUGUCUCUGCCCGCUCCCAGACUGCUGGGACUUGCCAGCGGGAGGCUGGGCCGGCGCCGAGGGGCUCCAGGCAGCCGGAGGUCCCCACUCAGUUGCACUACAAACACUGACCAAAUAUGCAAGCGAGGCGUUUCGUGUGUCUGUCAUUGUCCCAAACGGUGUUGCGAGGGACCCAGAAGCCCCGUUCUAUGUCUGGCUGGGUGGCAUUGAGGAGGAAAACGGAUGCACACACAGACUGGAUAGAGCCUUUCCCCAAGGCUCCUGGAGCAUGAGGACCUAACACGUUUUGGGCUGAAAGUCACUCAUUGACCAAGUUGGAACCACAAUGCUUUCUUACUCCAAAUGGCUUUGUAACUACUGAUUUCUAAAGCCGGUUUUAUGAGCUGUCACAGUGUUAAUGUUUUUUGAGUAUGUGUUUAUUUCCUAUGGGACUAAUGGGCAAAACAUAGAUUUUUAAGUCUUCCGUAUGCUGUUGACUUUUAUAUUUUUAAGUUAUAUUUUCAUACUAUUGUAUUUAAAAACUUUUUAAGCCCCAAAGAAAUGGAUUUGUCUGCCUUUCGUGGGAUGUGAACUAGCGGGAAGAAGAAGUCGGGAGUUUUUUAUUUGGGAUAUUUUUAGGUAGUCUGCGAUGAAUGAGGUAAAUGGUCCUGGCAGGAAGGGAGAGGAGCCCUUGUCUGAAAGGAACAAACCCAGUGGCUCUGUAGAGGCCGGGCCUGAGCGGGAGGCAGCUGGUCCAAAGGCCAGUCCGGGGCCCGGGGCAAGUGGGUCCAGCUGCUUGGCUUUCUGCUGACAGGUUAGAAGUCUUAGUUAAACGUGACUGAGAGAAGAGCCUGGAGGUCUGUGUCCAGAGAAACUGAGACCAUGAGGCCACCCCUUUGUGUUCCCUGCCUCUCUUUGGUCUCCACAUCUGAAGUUUAAAAUUCAAUCUGGGCCUCCUCGCCUCCCGGUGCAAGGUGGAGCCUUCAGAACCAGCUGCUGGACCAGUCCGAGGAGCCUUCUCUCAGGCUGUCCUGUGUCUGUCGUUUUGGUGUUGUCCCCCUUUUUUGCACAAGAGUCUGAGGAAUGCCUUCCUGACCCGGUGAUCCUGUUUCUCACAGCGUCCAAAGCAGCAGGGCAGCUGGAGAUGGGGCAGGUCAAGGUGCAAGAGCUCGCGUGUGCAUCCACAGGCCGGGGAGAGGCUUCGAAGCCCCCAGUCCCCUCCCUGGGGAGUGGCCCUCACCCUGCUGUGGGAGCAGCACGGUGGGGCAGCAGGCAUUUUGUCAUGGCCCAGACGCAGCCACAGAAGUUAGGGAACAAAAUACUGCACCGCUAAGGUAUAAGCUAGAAGUGAGACAGGUGCAGGGAGGCCACCUGGCCCAGAACCUUCCUUUUAGACCUACAUACAAACGUGCUGCCCUUAAGUAGAUUGGGUCCAAAUUGUGGCAUGGGAGCCAAGCUGCUAAGCUCUGGGCCUGCCUUCCGUCUCACAGUUGUACUCGUCUUCCCCUGGGAGUCUGGAACCAGAGGGCUCAAAGGAGCCAGGCCCUGUCGCUACCCUGGGUGGCUACUCUGUGAGUGCGGGUGUCUGCAGCAGGAGGUGAGGCUGCAUGCAAGACCAGAGGCUGUGACCUCUUCUGCCCUCAUUUUGGCUCUUCACCCCCACCCGUCCCCCGGCUGUAGUGGGGUGUCUCCCCUGGAGAACCAGUGCUGGGGAAGACCAGAGCUGAUGUUGUGCCUGCUAAUGUCAGCCUCUCGUGACGUUGCUGGCUCUCCCUGCUUUUCCCUCCUGUCCAUGUUGUAUGAACAGCCUAUGCCUGCCUGUUUCCUGCACCUUCCUGAGCUCAGAAUCAGAGCUGUCCUUUCAGUCUUCAGCUCCAGGCACAGUGGGUGGAGGAGCCACAGUCCCUGGAAGGUGAAAAGUAGGACUUAAAUAGGCCUCAGACAAUCUGCUCAUCUCAAGGCCUGUCCCGGUGCCUGCUGGGCACUGGGAUUGGGGAGCAAAGCGGUGGCUAACGAGGGGUGGUUUUUCCUUGUAUCCCGGAUUUCAAUAAGGGCUUUAGUCUCUGAGCCGCAGUCGUAGAGCUGGCUGACCUGGGGAUGGGUGUCUAAUCGUAGAGAGCUUGUGGUGUGUGGGACUGGACAGCGUGGCCUCGCCGGUGUGGCCUUCCCUGCCCUUCGUGUGUGUGUGUGUGUGUGUGUGUGUGUGUGUGCGCCCGCGCGGUUUGUAUCCCCUGGAGUGUUCCUGCAGUCACUAGGGGGUUCUCUGUGGUGCGUUGUCCCAAGAGCCCAGAUGCAGAGGGCCAUGGUCAGAAGCUCCUGCUGAGCUGUCCUCCCUCCCUGGGGCGCGUCUCCUCACCCCCGCCCCGAGGUGCCUUACGAGGUGCAGCUCUUUACCUGGCCACAUGGCAAGUGUCACAGUGCUUGAGAAACCAUGGGACACCAACUGGCUAUUGUGUGCUGUCCAUCAGAUCUGUGCAGAUGUGGACCUUGGCCAAGCCACCCGUGAUGGAAGCUUGUAAGUCAGGGUCACGAGCAAGUUUUUUGUACCUAAUGGAAAUAACCUGAUGAGGUAAAACUGUCAUGUCGGAAUGGCAGGAAUCAUUGUUGGCCUUAUUUCCUUCUGUCAGUGGGGUGUUGACAAUGGCAAGGGGGAAUGUUGGUGAGAUCUGGGCGGCAGUGGCUUCUUGGUCUGCUCAGAAGACCUUUGAGGUAAAGGCGGGUAUCCCAUCAGUUAACCCUCAGGCACGCUGGUGGCCUCCUGCCUCAAGCUUUAAUUCAUGCCCCUCCUAGCAACAGAGAGUCCGAGGCGAAUGUUGACCUGUCAUGCCUUUAAAGAGAAAACCUAUAAAGGCUCAAAUCCUAGGCAAUCUAGUCCUGUAGCCUGCAGCCCAGAGUCCCUAUCAGAAGGAUGCCCAGGAGCCCACUCUGCCCUCCAGACAACAACUCACUGGCCUUUUUGCAGCCAGGCCAGCAUAGACGGCUCUGGGAACUUCUCACUGGCCAAAGCAGCCCCUUUGUAGGAUGUAGGGCUGGCUUUUAGAAGUUGCACACACUUCCGACCAGGAGUGGAGAGCUCUCGGUUUUACCCUGUGAAAACACUGGCAGCUCUGAAGGGCUUUGCUCUCAGGGAGGGACUUCUGGUCCAAUGGCCGUCAGCACUUUGAGCUCCUGGCUAGGUGGGUGGGUUGGUCCCAUUUGAUCUCUCUUUUCGUGAUGUUUAUUCGAACUCAGAACUCUCUGAGCAAACCAUGGCCUAUUUCCACUGCCCUUCCGGUGGCGGUGUUUCAUCAGUGGUGUUAAGAUUCACAGAAACACGUUUUUGAAAUGAAAGGGAAGACGAUAUACUUACAUUGUAAAAUGGUUUACAAUAAAGUUUCACAUCUUAACAGUUUUGUUUUUUUUUUAAAAGAAACCGUCACUUGUGGUUGUUGGUUGUGUGUUCUUUGGAGUUGAGACAGUUUAGUAGGGUCAAGAAAAUGUCCCCAGUGAGUUGGAGGAUUCCCCCUGGGGCGCCUGGGUGGCUCGGUCAGUGAAGCAUCUGCCUUUGGCUCAGGUCGUGGUCCCAGAGUCCUGGGAUCGAGCUCCACGUUGGGCUCCCUUCUCUGCUGGGAGCCUGCUUCUCCCUCUCCCUCUGCCCCCCGCCCCCACUCGUGCUCUCUCCCUGUCUCAAAUAUAUAGUCUUUAAAAAAAAAAACAAACAAGAGGAAGACAGACGACUCCCCCAGGAAACCAAGUGUGAAUGAACCUGCGUCACCCCGGCACGGACGCAGGAGCCGGACUCUGCCAAGGGAGGGACCAAGCGCGCUCUCGUCUCUUCCACUUCCCUGCUGAUGCCAGUAAAAGGUACUUUACCUCCCCUGAGGACCAAGUGGUGCCGGGGGAUGGGAGGUGUGAGCAGUAAACAGUCCACAUCCUUGUCCGUGAGGCCACGGGACUGGAAGGCAGGUGCCUCCCUGGGCAGAGCCAGCCGUGGGGGCAGUGCCAAAGCACCUCCCCCCCAGGCCAGGCUGUUCGCAGGCCUGGGUUCGUGCCCCUGGCUGUCAGAAGGCAUUCCUCAUGUCAGCACUUGUCUCAGAUGGAGCCUGGCAGUCCUCACAUUGGCCUGCUGGGGCUUGGGGUGGGAUUGGAGAUGUGACAGCAAUGGAGUGGCAUUCAGGAUAACCAAAUGUCAGUGCCUGGUGGGGUUCCGUCUGCUUGGAGCCUCCAAGGAUAAAAGUCUCCAUCACAAACCGACAAGGAGUUCGGGUGUGGCUGACACCCCCUCCCCAUCCACUCCCCACACUCACCCCAGGUGAAGAGUCCUGCCAUGUGCCUCGAGGGUCUCCCCUUCAAGGAUAGGAGAUUAGGAGCUGGCAGAGAGCCAAGUGACCUUCAGGGAGACCUUGGAUCUGUUCCUCUCUCCACAGCUCAUACCUGGAAUGGGCUCAGAUGUCACCCACCCUCUUUGAGCAACCUAAAUGUCUUCAGGCCAGGCACCUUUGGGUGACCUCAUCCAGUCAGAGGCUCUGUGCCCUUCCCUGCCUGCACUCACCAGUGCCCUUAUCAGAAAAAGAGUUUCUUCCUGCUCCUUCCUGGGCACUUUACCCCCUGCCUCUUUGUUCCUUUGGUGAACUUGCCCUGGGAGCCAGACAGAGGACGGGCGCAACAGCAAACAGAGUGGCUCCCUGGGCUUCCCUCAGCGAUGGUUGCUCCCCCGUGAACCAUGGGGGGCUGUGCACACUGCGGGCACAUGCUCCCGAGUGUCAGACGCGGGAAGCUUCUGUUCUGCUGCCGUGCAGGGAUGGAAAAUCUCUUUCCUCUGGAAUCCAGGGAGAGAAGGAAAAACAAGCUCAGAACAGCCCAGCCUGGCGCAGGGCCCUUGCUCCCCUCAGGGACACCCACUGCGUGGGGAUGGACUGUCCCAGCUGGACGGCUCAGGCUGCCACACACAUUCUGGGAUCUGCGUUCCUCAGCACACCCGUUGCUCGCUGCCAGGCCCGGCCCCUCCCACC